AUGGUUUUACUUGGUUUUAUUGAUGAACCUAAAGGAGGAAAGACAGAUAAUGAUGAUGAUCCAUCGAAUUGGACUAUUUCAAGAAUUGGUGGACAACCUGCAUAUCCAAGUGAAGAAGUUUCAAUAAAAUUAAAAACUUCUCUUCUCUGUGGAACAUGUCAAACAGAACAAAUAUUUGUUUGUCAACUUUAUUGUCCAUUAGAAGGUCAUAAAUAUGAUCGUGCUAUUUAUUUAUUUGCAUGUCGAAAUCCAUCUUGUUGGAAUACAUCAAAUAGUUGGACUGUAAUAAGAUGUCAAAAAUUUGAUGAAACUGUUUCAGAAUCAACUUCAAUUAAUAUUGAAUCAUCAACUACUAUUCCAUCAUCGUCUACUGAUUGGUGUGAUGAUGCUGAUGCAUGGAAUAGUGAUGAUGAUAAAAAACCAUCUUCUGUUAUAACAACAAUUAAAAAAGACAUAAUAAAAGAACCAGAAAUAAUGUUAAAUUCAAUGAAAAUUGAAGAUGAAGAUGAAAAAUUAUCAAGUGAUGAUGAUGAUGAUAAUGAUGAUGAAAUAGAUGUUGAAACAAAAACAAAAUUAAAUAAUAAAACUACAUCUGUUGCAUCAUCUGAUGCUUUUAAUCAAUGGAAAAAAACAAAUUUAAAUAAACCAAUAUUAGAUAUAUCUAAUAAUAAUAUAUCUUUUCCAUUUUAUUAUAUUAUUAUUGAUGAUGAACAAAUUAUUAUUAAUGAAGCUAAAUUAAAUGAAAAAAAGAAAUUAAAAAAUAAAAUAAAACAUUUAAAUGACAUCGAUGAAGAUGAUGAUGAAACAACAAAAAGUGGAAAAGAAAAAUAUGAAAAAACACCUGAUAUUGAACAUGGUGAUGUAGUUUUUUAUCGAUUUCAACAAAAAAUUAGAUAUGCACCUGAUCAAAUUAUUCGAUAUGAUUGGUCUGGUAAUCCGUUAAUAUUAACAAAAUUUGAUGGAAAUAUUUUAUCAACAACUCAAAAAUGUCGUUAUUGUCAAUCAUCAUGUGUUUUUGAAUUUCAAUUAAUGCCAGCACUUGUUAAUUUUCUUAAAAUAGAUAAUCAAAUAGGUCUUGAAUUUGGUACUGUUUUUGUUUAUACAUGUUCAGCUAAUUGUUGGAAUGAUAAUAAUGAUUUAUAUCGAUUUGAAAAUGUUUUUGUUCAAGCAGAUCCUGAUCAAAAUUUAUUUGAUUAA